AUGACGGCUUUGAAAGGGCUUCUUCCACCUCCGGCAGCAACCACAACGGCUUCUUACGACCACUCGAAUGAUCAGUGGUUCAAGCAGCGCUUCGGUUCUCCUGGGGCACAAAGAUCUGCUGCUGUCGUCAAGCCAAAGCCUGUACCUCCUUACUUGAAGCGUCAAGGCUUUGUUCCUAGGAAGGUGGAGGAGUUUGGGGAUGGGGGUGCUUUCCCUGAGAUUCAUAUAGCUCAGUACCCUCUUGGCAUGGGCAGGGACAAGUUGUCCAAACCCGGUACGAACAUACUUCCGGUUACAGUUAAUGCCAGGGGGAAUGUCAGGUAUGAUGCCAUUGUUAAGCAGAACGAGAACUCGAAAAAACUUGUCUACUCACAGCACAAGGAUCUUGUGCCGAAAAUUUUGAAGAAUGAGGAUGAGGAGAUGGAUGAUGCGAAUGAGAAAGAGAUUGAAGAAACAACAGCAGAAACAAAAGCUGCGCUUGAGAAGAUUGUGAAUGCGAGAUUGAGCACUGCACAGCCGAAAAAUAUAGCCAAGCAGUCGACUGGCUCGGAAAUUAUCAAGUACACGCCAUCGCAGAAGGCAGCGGCGUUUAACUCUGGUGCCAAGGCGAGGAUUAUCAGGAUGGCGGAGAUGCCUGUGGACCCACUUGAGCCUCCUAAGUUCAAGCAUAAGCGUGUUCCGAGGCCUUCUGGGUCCCCGCCCGUGCCGGUCAUGCAUUCCCCGCCACGGCCGGUGACUGUGAAAGACCUGAAGGAUUGGAAGAUUCCACCUUGUAUUUCAAUUUGGAAGAAUCAGAAAGGGUAUACGAUCCCACUGGACAAACGUCUUGCAGCUGAGGGGAAAGUCCUUCAAGAUCUUGGUGGUCUGUUUCUUGAUAAUUACGCAAAGCUUCAAGAGGCUUUGUAUGUAGCAGAGCAGAAGGCUAGAGAGGGAAUUGCUAUGAGAAAAAAAGUUCAGGAGGAAAUGUUGACGAAGGAGAAGGAAAAGAAAGAGCAGGACUUGAGGAUAUUAGCUCAGAGGGCUCGUUCCGAGAGAAUAGGUGCUGCAGCCCCUCCUUCAAUGCCUUCUAACAGAACAGCAAUGGACAAUGAUGCGAGAGGGGAUUAUGAGCGUCCAACAAGCGUAAAAGAGACUGAUUAUCCGAAGGAGACUAGAGAGGAAAGAGAAGGGAGGUUGAAGCGGGAGAAGAUCCGUGAGGAGCGACGAAGAGAAAGGGAAAGGGAGAGAAGGUUGGAGCCCAAAGAUGCACCAAUGGGGAAGAAAAGUAAAAUUACAAGAGAUCGAGAUCGGGAUAUCAGUGAGAAAGUUGCCCUCGGCAUGGCUUCUGAUGGAGCAAGCAGAGGGGGAGAGGUUAUGUACGACCAGAGGCUGUUCAACCAGGAGAAAGGAAUGGAAUCUGGGUUUGCCACUGAUGACCAGUACAACGUUUAUGACAAGGGCUUGUCCACUGCUCCGCCUACGCUCUCAACCUUGUACAGGCCUAAGAAGGAUGUUGAUAAUGAAAUGUACGGAACUGCUGAUGAGCAGUUCGAUAAGGUUAAGAAAACCGAUCGCUUCAAACCUGACAAAGGAUUUGGAGGAGCUGCUGAGAGGGCAGGUCCAAGAGGGCGACCGGUCGAGUUUGAGAAAGAUGCUGCUGAAGAAGCCGAUCCAUUUGGUCUGGAUCGGUUCUUGACAGAGGUGAAACAGAGCGCGAAAGCCACGGAAAAGGUUGGAACAGGAGGGACAAUGAGAGCAAGUGCAGGGUCUUCUAUGCGAGAUGGCUACCAAGGGGGCUCCAGCAGAACCCGUAUUGGAUUCGAAAGGGGUCGCUAA